UUCUGAGAUACUGGCAGGCAGACCAGCUCAACGACCGCUGCUACCAGCUUCAUAAAAAGAUCAUCACCUGUCAGAAAGUGGUGCGUGGCUGGCUGGCCAGACAGCGUGUUCAGCGCAGGCUGUCAUUACAGCAGAAAGAGGAGUGCUGUGUGCAGCGUUUCCUGCAGGGGGCGGAGGACAUGGGUCUGCGAACCUAUGACCAGUUGGUCAUCCAAAAUGCAUCUGACAUCGCAAGAGAGAGUGACCGCCUGCGCUGCCAUGGUAGCAGCCUUGUCAACACCCUCAGCAACAGCCCGCCACUUGGUGAAAGGCCUGAGCCAGUGGGCAAAGAGGAGGAUCAGCCCACCAGGAGGGUUGUAGAGAAAAGUGGGAAAAUCUAUGAGGGUCCUCUCAGCGGGGGCAACAGAGUGAUUCGCCACUUUCGGUCUAGCUCAGUACCCAUCCCCAUCGCCAUAGAGAACAUGGUCCAUUCUUCUGCCAUCAAACCAGUCGUGCAACAGGUAGCACAUACCAACGAGGAUGGGGCAGGCGGGGGAGGUCUUUCCUCUCCUCGGAAGCAACCUCCUCCCAAACCAAAGAGGGACCCCAACACUCGUCUGAGUGCAUCUUAUGAAGCUGUUAGCGCUGGGUUGAUGAUGGCAGCGAAAGAGAGCCCUACUCCAGAGGGGUAUGGGUCGCCAGAUGGAAGCCCUCCUAAAUUCCAGCUGUCCCCCACAGACCCUGCAGCCUUGUCCAAGCCCCGUCCUCACAGUGAUGACUACACAACCAUGAGGAAGGUUCCGCCUCCAAAACCUAAGCGCAGUCCCAACACUAAGCUGACAGGCUCAUAUGAGGAGAUCAACGCUGUAGCUCCCCACAUCCACCAGCUGCGUCCUGCUGAUGUAAAGUUGGCCUUGCUGUCCCGUGCUGGUGGAUUUGGAGGGUUUGGUGGUUUGAUGCAGAGAGCUGCCUCUGUAGAUGCCCCACAAGGGGUAGGACUGAGCCUGUACCAGAGCAAAGACGAAGAGGACGUGUACAUAGAGAUGUUGGGCUCCCAGCCACGGGCUCGCAGCCUCCAGGAGCCCCCUGAUAGCCCAGAGCAGGCUGACUACGAGGCCGUCUAUGAGGAGAUGAAGUACUUCCCUCCCGAAGACGGUGGAACUCCUGCAGCUGUGGUUAGCAAGGCAGCCAAACGAGAGGGUCUAGGUUUGGGCCUGGUGGGAUUAGGGGCAUCUCCUCCUCAGAGCGGGAGAGCACACGGAUGUCAGCUGGGGUGA